AUUUCAUAGACCUCCUGUACUUAUUGUGGUUCACUCAGUGCUGAGGCCUCGGUCAUCACGAGGAACACAACAAAGAAUAAUCUGUUAUUUCUGCUGUGAUACCAACCUGUCUUGUACAUCAUGUAGAUCCUGAUGAUCAAUUCCCAGAGGGUUGGACUGGGAUGGUUAACUACUGUUUCAAGUUCGGGCCAGAUAAAAAGACCUGGGCUGAAGCAGAGGUUGCCUGCAUUGCUAUUGGUGGGAAUCUGGCCUCCAUCCAUAAUCAAAAUUACUUGAAAUUUGCUAAAGGGGUGAUUAAAUCCGCAGCUGGCAGUGGUACACCAGUGUGGAUUGGCGGCUCUGAUGCAGAAAACGAAGGUGUGUGGUUGUGGCGUGACGGUACCAUGUUUGAUUUCAUGUUCUGGGCACCAGGGAACCCUGACAAUGCUGGUGGACGUGAAAAUUGUAUGGAGUUGAGCUCUCAAGGUGGUGCCAAUGAUGCAAAUUGUAAUGAUAAGAAACCUUAUCUUUGUGGCAUGUACGUGUGAGGACGUCACUUCCAUCUGGCUGUAAAGCCUCAAUGACAUCACUGCUGAAAGUUUUAUCAAUAAUUCUGAUUUCUUUUAAAAUUAAUCAAUAAACGAUAUCUUGAUCAGCAAUUUGUCUCAUCUGUUUAUCUUCCAGAUCUUUAUGUGAAUGAAUAUAACAUUCAAAAAUUUGAGUGAUCACUAAAUGAGCCUCAAACAGGC